GCAGCUUACUGGCAGGCGGUGCCGGCGGCCGCUGCCAAAAGGGGAAGUGAUCUGGGGCAGGAGAGAUGGCCCGGGUCUGGAGCCCGCGGCCGCCGCCGCCUCCGCCACCGCCACCAAAAACAACUUGUCGGGAGCAGCCGCGACCGCGGCCGGAGCCGGAGCAGGGGCCGGAGUCGCGGCUGGAGUGGUGUCUGCGCGUGUGAGUGGCUGAGAGUUGCCCCUGCAGAAGACCUCAAACUCCGGGCGGGAGCGCUUGCGGUCGCCCGCGGCACCGCGUCCCCAGGCCCAGACAGCGGGGCGCGAGUCCCGCAGGGGCGGGACUGGCUUCUCUCAAGCCGAGCCCUUCUAGCCGGGCUCCGGAUCUUCCACGGCCUCGGGCCCCCUUCAUUUUCAGGACAGAGGCCGGAGAACGGUGGUCAUCACACACCCCAGCCGGCUUCCUGACCCGGGCAUUUUCUGUGCGGCCAAGCAGUGUUGGGGUUGUAGCUGCAGGGAGCCCCCUCCUGCCACCACCUCUCCAGCCAGGAAGAAACUGACGCGUUCCCAUGUUCUUGUUCUGCACCUCCCCACUCUUCCCAUUCAGGAACAAGUUUCUCUUCACUCUGCAUUGGAAAUCCUGCCCCGGAGGUUUAAAACGCCUAUUUUGUGUGCCCUUCCCCAACUCCUGAAGCACCCUUAGAAGUUUUGCCUACUUAAUCAGCGCUGAGAAUCCUUAAAUUUGGACUUGGCUUUCUUCACCCUUUGGGAAAUAAAGAUCCCUUUCCAUCCUCUUUACUAACACUCUGCGCCCAAGGCGUUAUCCCUUGGGGUCGCCACCUCCUUGGCUAUUUCUACCUGACUUCCCACACCCAUCUGAGUUCCAGUUUCUUCUGGGCUCCAAUCUCCAGUCCCUGGCGGAUCUGGUCAGUUCCACCCCUAGGUGGGAGUGACCAGGGGGCUCUGGCCCAGGAUUCCCAACCCUGGAAGGCAGCUCCAAGGCAGGAAGGGAAUUGGGCGUCGGGUACGAACCUGGCAGCUCAGGAGUCGGGGCUCCACUCACUCCACACAAGAAGAUGAAAAAGCGCAAAGAGCUCAAUGCAUUGAUUGGUUUGGCUGGGGACAGCCGGAGAAAGAAGCCCAAGAAAGGGCCAAGCAGUCACCGCCUGCUUCGCACUGAGCCUCCUGACUCAGACUCUGAGUCAAGCUCCGAGGAGGAAGAGGAAUUCGGUGUGGUUGGAAAUCGCUCUCGCUUUGCCAAGGGAGACUAUUUACGAUGCUGCAAGAUCUGUUACCCGCUCUGUGGUUUUGUCAUCCUCGCUGCCUGUGUUGUGGCCUGUGUUGGCUUGGUGUGGAUGCAGGUUGCUCUCAAGGAGGAUCUGGAUGCCCUCAAGGAAAAAUUUCGAACAAUGGAAUCUAAUCAGAAAAGCUCAUUCCAAGAAAUCCCUAAACUUAAUGAAGAACUACUCAGCAAGCAAAAACAACUUGAGAAGAUUGAAUCUGGAGAGAUGGGUUUGAACAAAGUCUGGAUAAACAUCACAGAAAUGAAUAAGCAGAUUUCUCUGUUGACUUCUGCAGUGAACCACCUCAAAGCCAAUGUUAAGUCAGCUGCAGACUUGAUUAGCCUGCCUGCCACUGUAGAGGGACUUCAGAAGGUAGGUGCCAUGUGUGGCAAUACUUUAAACAGCGUCCAUCUUGCUGUGGAAGCAAUGCAGAAAACUGUGGAUGAACACAAGAAAACGAUGGAAUUACUGCAGAGUGAUAUGAAUCAGCACUUCUUGAAGGAGACUGCUGGAAGCAACCAAAUCAUUCCAUCACCUUCAGCCACAUCAGAACUUGACAAUAAAACCCACAGACAGAAUGAUCUUAAAUUCGAGGGAAUGAACGAGACAGUCAGUAAUCUUACCCAGAGAGUCAACCUGAUAGAAAGCGAUGUGGUUGCUAUGAGCAAGGUAGAAAAGAAAGUAAACCUGUCCUUCAGCAUGAUGGAUGAUAGAUCCGCCACUCUGAAAAGAGAGUCUUUGGAUCAAGUCACCAACAGAACAGAUACAGUAAAAAUCCAAAGCAUAAAGAAAGAAGAUAGUUCAAAUUCUCAGGCAUCCAAGCUAAAAGAGAAACUCCAGCUGAUCAGUGCUCUUACAAACAAACCUGAGAGCAACAGACCUCCAGAGACAGCUGAUGAAGAGCAAGUAGAGAGUUUCACAUCAAAGCCAUCAGCAUUGCCAAAAUUUUCACAGUUUCUUGGAGACCCAGUUGAGAAAGCUGCCCAACUAAGACCUAUCUCCCUACCAGGAAUUUCUAGCAUUGAAGAUCUUCAGGAUUUAUUCCACAAGACUGGCCAGGACGUGGAUGGGAAGCUGACCUACCAGGAAAUCUGGACCUCCCUAGGCUCUUCUGCUGUGCCAGAACCAGAGAGCUUGAGAGCAUUUGAUUCCGAUGGAGAUGGAAGAUACUCAUUCCUGGAACUAAGGGUAGCUUUAGGUAUCUAGCCUCAUCAGGCAUAUUUUAGGAAUAGAAUGCCUAAUAUCCACUUACCUAACAACAAAACAGCUGUUACCCAUCAGUCCUCUAGUCCUCCAAACUACUGUAGCAGAUACUUUGCCACCUUUUAACUUGUUUGAAGAAAAUAUAUAAAAGUUAUUUUUUUAAAAAAGACCAUUUUACUUAUAAUAUGAUGUUCAGAAAUCUAUGAUUUCCUAAAACCAGUAAUAUCUUACAUUUUAAAAUUGCCAGAAAAAAAAAAAUUAAAGCUCUCUUUUUUUCUCUUUCCUUUUUUUGAGGGGAGGAGACUAUCUUUUAAAGCUGGGAAAUGUAUAUAGAGAGAGAAUAAGCCACCUUUUAUAUUUCACUUAAAUUUGCCUUAAAUUAGCCGCACUUUAUAGAGACUCAGAAAAUGUCUUUUCUUUAAAAGAUAGGCCUUUUCUGUUUGUAAAUAUUUAAAUGAAAGAAAGCAUUGUGCAUAUUGUAUGAAAAGUAGGAAGAAUGGUUUAGAACAGGAUGUGAACAAAUGACUUAUUUAAAAUUGCUGAUCUGGUGUGGGUGGCAGCUGAAACUGCAUCCAUGUGUCCAUAAGGCAUCCCUCAAAGGCCUAGGUGCUGCCAGGGGGUUUGGCCUGGUAGCUGGGGGAACCAAUUUCAGGGAGUAGACACUAGAGGUAGUGCUGACUCCAGGCAUGGCUCAUGGAAGUAGGAUUCUGGUUCUUUGUUCCUAUUCCCUCAGCUAAUCCCAAUUUGGGAAUCAGAGAAGUCUUGCUGGGGUUUUUUCUCAUUUUUAAUACUAUUUCAGGGUUUAUGAGCAUAAAAAGUUAUCCAUUGGGAAGCUCCAUUUUCCCUGCUAAGUGAGCUAGAUUGCCUUCCCCCACCCACCCACUUGAGUCUAUCUUAAAGCCAUAGCUGGCUUUAAGGCAGCUUUACCACCAGUACCAUCUCCAUUUUGAAUGGCAGGGCUAAAUUCCCCUAGCCGCUGCCUCACGCUGACCACCCAGAGCUUUAGAAGAGAGCCGUGCAUCUAAUUUUGACCCAGAAAAUUAUACCCCUUGAGAUUUUACCUAGAGGCUAACCAAGGGCCUGAUAUGUUUCUCUGGGGGAUGACUAAGGCUAAAAAGGUUGUGAGACGAAACAUGUGAAAUAAUAUUCAGUUUCCUUACAAUUCUCAGCUCAAAAGUAGCUAGAGGCUUUCUAUCCAAAGAGAGCUGGGCCUUCACAUGGUGGUAGCAAGUUUUUCAAAUCUAAUACGAGCAAGCCUAAUACUUCCUUUAAAUGCUUCUGUGGACCUGGCGUGAAAAGUCCCUAGACUGAAAGGAGUAAUACCUUUAUGUCAGCUGUAGGUUGAGUCUAGAAUUGCUGUGUUGUUCUUAGAAGCAGUCUUUGGUCAACAAUUUGAAAGGAAAAAAACUACAAAACAACUUUGCUAUAGGCCAAGUCAGGGAGAAAGUGGAGAAGCUUUCAUGGCACAGAUUUCUUUAGUGGAGAUCAUUUCCUUUUUAACUUUGUUCAGGUUGCCCUUCGGCUGUGGAUAUAGUCCAGUGCCCUUAAACAUUUAAGGGCUGUUUUUUUUCUUUACAUGAUGUUCAGCUUGGUGUUGACUAACCUGAAAUUUUUUUUUCUAGAAGUAUUAAAAUUUAGUUAAAGCAAGAUAAAAUCUUUUCCCAUGAAUGUGUCCACUUAUCUCAUUAUAGUUUAGGCUCCAUCUCACUUUCCUGGAAAGGUUAAAACAUAAAUUAGCCUGGCACUUUAGGUAACUUGAAAAUAAUUCUCACUCUUCUGGCUGCCUUCCAUCCACUCUCACCCCACACCCUUUUUUAAUGUAUAUACACCCUUACAGGUUUUGUAACAACCAAAUAAAAUUCUAGCAAUAAAUUGAAUUAUACUGCUAUAUUUGUAUAUACUGUACCAUAGAUAGUAUGUCUGUACCUGGAAGGUAUUUUUUUGAGAACUGAUUUAUAUGAAAUAUACUUGAGGGUAAUGUAGCUUGUCCUUUUUAGUUUCAAAUUCUUAUUCAUUGGCAGAUACUUUGAAGACAUCUUAACUCUUUGUUGUGUGUACUUUUCCCUUGCAUCAGAUAGCUAUACGUGGAGGAGUCCAAUUUGUUUUUUAGUUUAUCUUCUGUUCUUCCUACCUUGCACUUGUCUGACUAGUAUCAUCCCUGAGCUGGUGUGUCGUGCCAUCCUCUCCCCCUACCAAGUUUGGCAGAGGUGUUUAUGCUGCACUCUCAGAUCUAUGAAUAUCCUUGUCAUCCUGCCUGAGAAAGUACCAUAUCUUCCAGGCAAGAGGAGGGUAUCUUGAACUCCUUUCUUCUGAGUUGAGCAGACUCAUGAGGUUAAGAGUCCCAUAAGCCUAUUAUUUAGUGUGAAUUUGGGACUUUUAUUUGUAUGCUGUCUUAACUUACCGAGCCUGUGACUCGUAUUCAGCUGUAGUCAAGCCUCACCAGCCAUAUCUCAUCUCUGAGAGGAAGAUUGGACAGCGGUAGUGAGUUUGGUUUUGGUUUUGGUUUUAAAUCCUUUUACCUUUUCAGUCUGGCAGCUCCUACUGCUGCUUUCCUAAGUUAUGAAAGCACUGCUUCUUGGUCCUUGUUUUGUUUUUUGUUUUUGUUGUUUUGCCUUGCACCAUCUUGUAUAAUGUUUACUAAAAAAGCCUCCCUAUAAAUCAGAGAGGCAAAAAGGUAGCAUAGAAAAAGAAAAACGAGAAGAAGAGAAUACCUGACUUCAAGAUGUCUGUGGUGUCAUCUAAAAGGCGGAGAGGUACCUGGCCCUCAGGAAUGUAUCUGAUGCAACAGAGCUGAAGAGUGGAUUCCCUUCACCUACUGCUGGCCAUUUUCCCUUCCGUUAAAGAUUCCUUUUUUAUGGUUCCUGUUCAUAACCCCUUCAACACCCCCCCCCCCUUGCUUGUCCUGCCGGUCACAGUUGAGGAUUUUGGCUGUGAUGGGCCCACACUCAUAAUGGCCUGUUGAGUUGUUUUUAGUGACAGGUUUUGUUUGCUGCACACCUCAUUGGCUUGCUUACCAACACCAGCUAGAUGUGGUCCCUCUUUCAUAUCCAAACCAGAACACAUUUGGGUAUUCCUGAGACUUUAUAGAGCGUGUAUUGUUUGUUAUACGAACCUAACCUACCUUGUUGUUUUCUCAUAUUAAGAAAUUUAAAUCUUUCUUUUAGUGGAGCUAUUUUGGUAAUGUAUAAGCAGUUUUGGUUCUGUUUAGGGAGAAUUCAGGAUUUUCAUGACUUGAUUUGAGCUUUGCAUAUUUCAUAUAAGUAACACAGCCAUUUUAAUUUAGCUAAAUAAAAAAAUUUCUUUUUCUCUCAA